AUGGCACACAUUUCAAAAACCCAAUUUCUACAUCAACAAUCCGAUGAAUCAGAACACCAUAUACUCCAAGAAGAUGAACGAAUUUCAUCUGAACAAACCCUAGACAACACCAUGACUAACUGCUUUACUUUGGUUGAAGAUGAUGAUCUCGUGAACGUGGAGGAGGAAGAAGAAGACGUUCCUUACACCUUCAAUUUCGAUCCGUUUUCUCCGCUCAAUUCAUCGUUUUUCGUUCCUUCAUCUUCCUCGUCCUUUUGUUAUCACCACCAACAUCAUCAUAUUCACCAGGUAAAAUCGAAUUCAAAUUCAUGUUCGUGUUGCUCAUCUGAAGCGGAAUCAGAAUCCGCAUCCGAAUUUCCGGAUUCAACUGUUUAUCCGGAUUGUUUGUACGGUGACGAUGAAGAAUACGACCAAAUGGAUUUCAUCACCGAUUUGUUCGACUCUCGUGGAGAUACCGAGCUUGUUUCUCGCCGGUUUUCGAGCACUGAUGUUGGAAUCAGCGUUUCUGAAGGUAGUCCGAUUGAUGACGAUAACGACGAUUUCGUUUCCAGUAAUAUCGAGCAUCUAGGGUUUGAAGGCGGCGGUUUAAGAGUCGUCGGAAUCGAAUCGGACUCAGAUACAGAAGAAUUAGGUCAAGUUAACGAUAGAUUUCAACCCAGUGAACCGAAUCUCGAACGUUUCUGGGAUUGUUCAUCUAUCGAGAGAGAAGAAGCAGAAGCGACUUCUAGGGUUGACGAGAGAGACGGAUUGAGUUCCGUGAUUGAUAGAAUCGAAGAAAUUUCCGUUUCAUCUGAAAUUUCCUCAGAAGGAGACGCCGCCGUUGGGGUUUUGGAAUGGGAGAUCCUUCUAGCUGUCAACAACCUUGAAAGAGACCUCGAAUUUGAAACUGAAGGAGGUGAGGGUUUUGUUUACACAGCUGAAUUCGAUACUCUAAUUGGUCAAUUCGUGGAAACUGUUAGAGCUUUAAGAGGUAGUCCUCCUGCUUCCAAAUCCAUCGUGGAUAAUCUGCCAUUGGUGACCUUAAAGAACAACAAAGAUUCAAAACAAGAUGACGACCAUGUCAUCUGUGCAGUUUGUAAAGAUGAAAUUUCGAUUGAAGAGAAAGUGACAGAGCUUCCAUGUCGUCAUCAUUACCAUGGUGACUGCAUCCUGCCAUGGUUAAACAUUCGUAACACAUGCCCUGUUUGCCGAUUUGAGUUGCCUACAGACGAUGUUGAGUAUGAGAGAAGCAAGAACAGAGUGGAUGUUGAUGAUGAUGAUGAUGUUGAGCUUCGAGUUGGGUAUGGUUUUCAACUUUCACCUUGA